AUGCGGUGGGAAUCCACUCAGAGGCAUAUGGGAGUGCGUGGGGACUUAGAACCUGCGAAUGCCAUUAACACCUAUAGGCCUUGUACGAAAGGAUAUCAGAAAACUACUAAGCUAGCUACAGGGGCGAGGUCGGGGUUAGGGCUGAUACGGGGGCCUUCUGGGCUAUCUAAGAUGGAUGUAAGGCCGGAUGUCCCAGAACGGGCCAGUAUGGCCUCACCUGACCUGUUUGGAGGUCGUAUGACCUGUGCUUCGUAUAUAAGCAUGAAUCCUGACAAGCGAAGCUUGGCAGCGAUUCGUCUCUCUUACAAUACACUCCUAUCUUUCUCCGAAAGCUUGCUCUCAGUGCUAUCCGUGCUACUUACCAUCCCAUCUUUACAAUGGAACAAUUCAUGA